CAUUUUUGUUUUGUUUUAAUUUGUUAAUUUUGACCUGUCAAAAUGGGUAAUUAUUAACGUAGAUCAAUUAGUACACCAAUCAGAAUGGCAUGUUGGUAAUGCCAGGUUAUACGAUAUUUAAUCUCAAGCAUGUGAUGUGAUUGCUCAGUUCACCGUCCUACUCAACUGAGAGCACGCUUAGCUUUUUAUCAAUCCGAACUCAUCCGCCGGAAUGGCAUCCAAAUCCUACAGGACUCGGUCCAAAUCCAAAUCACAAACAUCUAAUGUUGCUCAAGAGAUUGCUGAUCUCUCGGCUCAAAUCGAGUAGCUACAAAUGUCUUUGCCUUCGGUUUCACCAUCCCACGCGGGAGCGCAACAACGAGUAGCUCCCCUCCUAACUCCCCAGGCCAUAGAAGCCCCGUCUCUGGCCCAGCAGCUCCAGCUGGAACGCACGAAGCAGGAGAACCUGAAGUUACAGCUGGAGCUGACCAAAGCGCAACUGGAGUUGGCUCGUUUCAACGCUCCCAUUUCAGCGCCCGUAGAACCCUUGGCUGAUGUUUUGAGUUCCACGCCGGCACGCCCCCUCACCGAUGUGCCCAACUUGGCGACACUUCGCAAGCUCCGUCGCGAUCGGGCAGUCCUCUCCAACGAAUUCCUCUUCACAACUUCUAAAGAUCGUUCUCAGCAACUCAUCCAUUACGCUUAUGAGGUGCAGCGCUUCGCUUUUCAAGAGUCCACGAAACGCAACAUGCGAAGUCAACUUCAAGCGUAUAUACAUUUUUGUUCUUAUUAUCAGUUAGUGCCAUUUCCGGUGACUAAGCAAACUUAUCUAGCGUACCUUGUAUUUCUUUCGCGUUCCUUAUCGUGUUAUCGCUCGGUGAUUAAUUAUGUCAACAUUUUGAAGCACGUUAACAAUUCGCUAGGUGCCGACUUAUCGUUUAUGCAGGGAUACGAUUGUGUGUUGACACAGAAAGCACUUCGGCGCAUGAUGGGUGAUCAGGUGUCUCACACUCUGCCUAUAACCAUCACGAUUUUACUAAAAUGGGUUCAGAAUUUUGAUUCUCGCAAUGUAUUUCAUGUAUGCAUGCAUGCAGCGUUUUUAGUCGCCUUUUUUUCGUUCUUGCGUAUUUUCAAUUUACUGCCAUACAAAGCAAGCGAUUUGUUAAGUUCCGCAAACCUUUUCCUUAGACGCAAUCAAGUGGCCUUUGUUUCCUCUGGUGCUCUAUUGUCGGUUUAUCGAACUAAAACACUUCAAUUUCAGGAACGGAUCUUAGAGAUUCCUUUGCCAACCAUACCAGGUUCGCCACUUUGCCCUGUUUCCGCAUUGAAGCGAUAUUUCGAUAUAGUUCCUGCAGCGCCGAAUAGUCCCUAUUUUGUAAUUCCUCGCGGCAUCCAAACGACGCCAGUUUUAGCUUCGCACUUUAAUUCUUUUCUUAAGAAAUGUGUUUAUGCCAUAGGGCUGAAUCCCUCAAAUUUUUCGUCGCGCAGCUUUCGCAAAGGCGGGGCUACAUUCGCGUUUAAUCGCGGGGCACCGACUGAAUUCAUCAAAGCGCAGGGUGAUUGGAAGAGUGAUGCAUAUUUAGUCUACUUAACUCUAUCAAGUAGAAAAAAGCUAGCUAUUCUCAAUUCUAUUACAACUAGGCUUGCCAACAAGCAAUAACACAGUUAUCGUUAUACGUGUCAAUACUUUUCAUGCCAUUCUAUUUCUAUUAAUAUAUUUUUUUCUUAUUUUUUCUAUUCAUAUUUUUAAUUAGUUUAUUCUUUUUUCGGGUUUGGGGUUUAUUCAUUUUAUCGUAUUUUAUUUUUAUUAAUAAUUCACUUGUAAUUUAGAUCAGUGGCAGAUUUUAAUAAAUUAGUUGAACCCCAGCCGCGUUUACUCUUUUCACAGUAUGUUAGUAAUUUGUUAAUUUUGACCUGUCAAAAUGGGUAAUUAUUAACGUAGAUCAAUUAGUACACCAAUCAGAAUGGCAUGUUGGUAAUGCCAGGUUAUACGAUAUUUAAUCUCAAGCAUGUGAUGUGAUUGUUCAGUUCACCGUCCUAUUCAACUGAGAGCACGCUUAGCUUUUUACCACACCCACCCUCCCAAGUGGGGGUUUAUUCAUUUUAUCGUAUUUUAUUUUUAUUAAUAAUUCACUUGUAAUUUAGAUCAGUGGCAGAUUUUAAUAAAUUAGUUGAACCCCAGCCGCGUUUACUCUUUUCACAGUAUGUUAGUAAUUGAUUAAUAUUUUGUUACCUUGAGUUUCACAGUCACUUUCUGUAAACCCAGUAGAACAAGUGCAGUCGUAGCCAGAGUUUUCGUCCUUGUUAGUGCAGGUUGAAUUGUUUUUGCAAGGACUUGAACCACACGGUUUCACUACGAAUAAAUAGAAUACCGUUUAUCAAUACUAAAUAAUUUGCAGAGAAACUGCUAGCGGGUAUAAUAGUUUUGUUUUCGACUCCGACCGGGGUACCUAUAGAAGACUUUGUUGCUAAAGCAAAGACAAAAAGCAGUUAGAGUGUUGGUAUCUUGUUUGUAAACAGCUAAACGCUUUACACAAGUACUUUCCAACCCAACCCUUAC